GUGGCCCGCACGGGGCUGGGUCCCGAUGGCUACGUGGAGGCGGGAUGGCCGGCUAACCGGCAGCCAGCGGCUGCUGUGUGCAGGGCUGGCGGGGGCGUUCAGCCUCAGCCUCACGGCGCCCCUGGAGCUCGCCACCGUGCUGGCCCAGGUCGGCGUGGCGCGAGGCCACGCCCAGGGGCUGUGGGCCACUGGACGCCGAGUGUGGCUAGCCGAGGGGCCGAGGGCCCUGUGGAAGGGGAAUGGCGUGGCGUGCCUGCGCCUCUUCCCCUGCAGCAUGGUGCAGCUGGCUGCCUACCGAAAGUUUGUUGUGCUGUUCAUGGAUGACUUGGGCCGUAUUUCCCAGUGGAGCUCCAUUGUGGCCGGAAGUCUCGCGGGCAUGGUCUCCAUGAUUGUCACCUACCCUACGGACCUCAUCAAAACCCGGUUGAUUGUGCAGAACAUGCUGGAACCAUCUUAUAGGGGGCUCAGCCAUGCUUUUUCUACUAUUUAUCACCAAGAAGGGUUUCUGGCCCUUUAUCGAGGAGUGUCCCUCACUGUUUUAGGCGCUGUUCCUUUCUCUGCUGGUUCCCUUCUAGUCUACAUGAACCUGGAGAAAAUCUGGAAUGGACCCCGGGACCGCUUCUCUCACCUGCAGAACUUUGCCAAUGUCUGCGUGGCUGCUGCUGUGAGCCAGACGCUUUCCUUCCCCUUUGACACCGUGAAGAGAAAGAUGCAGGCUCAGAGUCCUUAUCUUCCCCAUCAUGGAGGAGUAGAUGUCCAUUUCUCAGGAGCAGUGGACUGCUUCCGGCAGAUAGUGAAGACCCAAGGGGUCCUGGGCCUCUGGAGCGGACUGACAGCUAACUUACUGAAGGUAGUUCCAUAUUUUGGAGUUAUGUUUAGCAUGUUUGAGUUCUGUAAAAGAAUUUUUCUUUAUCAAAAUGGUUACAUCCUGUCCCCACUGACCUACAAAUUGACUCCAGGGGUAGACCAAAGUUUGAAGCCCCAGGAGUUACGGGAACUAAAGAAGUUCUUCAAGCCCAGAAAACUGGAAUCUAAAAAACCAACUCUGUGAAGCUGAAUGGACGGCGUGCAGCAGUCGCAAGUGACUAUGCCCUCCUAGCUGUGCACACCAGGAGGAAUGAGAGAGUCCUUCUGCCUGCUGCUCUUGGAGAUGUGGCCACGAGGCCAUACAUCACAUCAGAACCCUGAAUUUUCCCUGUGAAUACCUGUGCCUUGAGAAGCUUUUGCAAGACUGCUCUGUCACUUGGCGCCCCACCAGACUGUACGGAAGCCUAGUGGCAAUCAGAUGCGCAGGAUAUGGCAUCUUGCAGCUGAAGUAGCAGAGCAGAGACCAGGUCACGAGCCCAGUCACCAGAGUCCAGGUAGAGUAGUCCAAGUUUCUCUUAACUGUGACCUGUGGCUUCCCCAUAUAGACCUCCUUAAACUUAGACCUUUGUGGGCUUCUGAGAGCACAAAUUACCAUGUAGGUUAGGCCUUAGCAAA